AUUUACGACUCUACAUCAAUAACUACCUAAGGUUGCUCUUUUUCCCUACAAAUGUACUAAGACAACCACAACCUCUUCACUGAUUUUCAAACUUGGCAGUAAAAGGGAGAAAAAACACGAGGACGCAAUAAACCACAAUGUCGAACAAGGACGCCACGACUCAAGAGUUUACCUCUUACUACCUCCAACAAAGCACCAAGGAGUUCGCAGAGGACUUGGACAAGAUUCGAAAUGCCGAUGACUUCAAAGGCGAUGCAAUAGCCAUGCUUGUCCAAUCUCUGCAGCAGGGUACAUCUCUGUUUUCUACAGCCGAUCAGAAGAGGGUGAUCGAGGCGCAAAAGUCGGGGGUUUCGAAGGACAGAUGAAUAAUGGAUAUUACCUGGGGGUUUGCGUGCAUGUACAUACUCUCUCCCUCAUCUCAUUCAUAGGUGCAUGAUAGAAGAGAUCGUUUCAGCCACAGAGGUUCAAGGUCAACAAUGAUUCUCUACAUAAUACCUACCAUAUACUUGAUUCACUCACCCUACGGCUACAACUUACUUUGUUCACUUAUAAUCAAGUAGAAAAAAAAAAUGAAAAAAAAAUGAUAGAUAAUCUGGAAUGCUCUCAAAGAUAAAAAAAAAAGUAAGCAAUAUUGAA